UCCUCGCCACAAUGAGUGCGAAGCUACGCACACCGCACUAGCCUCCCGUCCAUUCGCCUAUCGGCGCCGUACAUUCCAUCCCAUCAUCAAUCUGGCAAUCCGUCUUCCCCAACGAGCCCAUCGCUUGCUAUAAGACCGAGCAGGCUCUCUGAAUUGGGCGUGAAUCCCAAGAAGAAAUUUGAGUGUGCAAAGCGAAGUCAUCAAUAUUAUGGCUGAAAUAGCGACUGAGAAAGCCAAAGGGAAGGUACAAGUGUUCGAUUCCGAGGAAGCCCUAGCGGUGUCUUUGGCCAAAUACACCGCCGAUCUAUCUGAUAAGAUUUCCAAACAAAAAGCUGCUUUCACUGUCGUUUUGUCUGGAGGUUCUCUCAUCGAAUGGCUCAGGAAAUUACUAGAACCUCCGUACAUUGAUUCGGUGGAGUGGUCGAAAUGGCAUAUAUUUUGGGUGGAUGAGAGAGUGGUUCCUAAGGAUCACGAAGAUAGCAAUUACAAGCUCGCCUACGAUGGUUUUCUAUCUAAGGUAUCAAUACCUGCUGGGAAUGUAUAUGCAAUCAAUGAUGCACUAUCGGCAGAGGGUGCAGCUGACGACUAUGAGACUUGUCUUAAACAUUUGGUCCAGACAAGCACAAUACAUUUGUCUCAGGCUACAGGGUUUCCAAAAUUUGAUCUCAUGCUACUGGGAAUGGGCCCAGAUGGACAUGUGGCUUCGCUAUUUCCCGGGCAUCCUCUGGUCCAAGAGAACAAGAAGUGGGUGACAUUUAUCAAGGACUCACCAAAACCACCUCCUGAGAGGAUUACUUUCACCUUCCCGGUAAUCAACUCCUCUGCAAAUAUUGCACUUGUGGUAGCAGGGGCCGGUGAAGCCCAUGCAGUGAACGUGGCAUUGGGUAAUAGUCAGAAUUCUGAUUUGCUUCCCGUUCAAAUGGUUUCACCCGAAGGUGAGCUGACCUGGUUUUUGGAUAAGGAAGCAGCUUCGGAGCUGUAGUGCUGGUCAUGCCUUGAGCUUUAUAAGUUGAUACAUAUGAUAAAAUAGCAUGUCUAUCUUGUAUUUGAUGACCUGAUCAGCUAGCUUGUAGAUGUAUUAGAGGAAUUUCCAAGUUGUUGAUGACCGGUGAGGUUUUUCUUCAUCCUCGGUAGUGGUUAGAGUAUUUGAAUAAAGUUGCACCUAGAAAAUAAUGUCAUGAAAUUUCCUUUAAAUUUCCUAUUAGUGUAAUCUGUGCUUUUUUUACUUCCUAGGGUUUGCAUAUUUUGUUUUCUAUAUUUUCAUUUACUGUUGAUUAGCUUUCUUGAUGUUAA